AUGGGCGACACCGCAGGACUUCCUGACUUUGUUCUGGACCCCAAUGCGGUCCUGAACGACAAAGACGCCGCCUGGCGUCACGGCGGACCCCCGGAUUACAGCAAAACCCGCGCCUACUACGAAGAGACCAAAACCCAAACCCACGAACCCGGCACCCUUCCCUUCCUCGUCGAAAACCUCGUCAAGAACUGGGAAAUCGAAGCCUCCUUCAAGACCUCCCUCUCGGACUGGCGCACCAUCGACCACGACACCUACCACUUCACCCUCAAUGGUGGACCCCCCUUGAGCGGCGAACACAUGCUAAAAGUCGGCACCUAUAAUGCCCUCCUCACGCCAAGCGCCUACUACGAUCCCGCACACAAUGACUUCGAGCAGAGCCACAAGUCGUUCAAGCGCAUGAUGCCCACUUUCGCUUGGGAGGUCACGGAAGUCUAUAGUGGGCCGCCGGUCGUGGUGUUUAAGUGGAGGCAUUGGGGUGUGAUGGCGAGGGAUUAUGUGGGGUUUAAUGACAAGGGCGAAAAAGUCAAAAUCGCCGCUCACGGCGGCACGAUCGAUAUCCAAGGAAUCGUGAUCGCCAAGGUCAAUGACGGACUGAAGCUGCAGCGCAUCGACGUGUGGUUCGACCCGCUGGACAUGUUCCAGCAGAUUGCCAAGGGUCAUGAGCAGAUUAAGGUGGGGGAGGGUGAGGCGGCUUCUGCUUCGGGGUGUCCGUUUGCGGGGGCCAAGGAGUAG